UCCAUUUCGAUUUUUAGUAGUUUUUCAAUCGUUUAUCCGCAUUCGUUCAUCACGCAUUCGAUUCUCGGAACAAAAAUUAUUAAUAAUAAUUUUUUGUGUUUUUGUUUUUGUGUCUCACUCUCGAAGAAUUUGUACAAACAGAAUUCCAAGAACAAACAAAGAUGUCAUCCACACCUAGCACCAGCAGUACCCCAACCAAUAAUCCCACAACUCCAAUUAUUACCAGCGCCAAUCUUGAAUUUGUUCGCGAAGAAGACUUUGUUGAAUAUUUUAUUUUUCCUCCUCCUCCUCCAGCAACAACUACAACCACGACACCAAACAAAGAUAACAGCAACAAUGAAGAAGAAACACACCUUGAAAUUCUUCUCCAGAAAAUCAAAUCACAAGUGGACCAAAUCUCACAAGACUAUAUUUGGCACAAGGAUGAAUUCAAUCUUACCAUUCGCACCGAAGCCCACGAAAGUCUGCGGGAGGAAGAAAACAACGAGAAACAAGUUGCCUUGCCGCCCCACUUACAUGGUAUUAGCCAUUAUGGCGAUAAUAUUCAAGAUGAAUGGUUCAUCGUGCAUCUUCUGUACGAGAUUACACGUGAGCAUGCCGGAGUUGUGGCUCGCGUUGUCGAUGCUGAUGGGGAAUUUCUUGUUAUUGAAGCUGCCGAUUACCUGCCAAAGUGGGCCAAUCCUGAUACAUGUGAACAAAGGGUAUAUAUAGCAGAAGGUCACUUGCUUCUGGUUCAGAAUUCUCCAUCGAAUUCGGCCAAUGUUCUGCCAGUUUCUGGAGCGCUGUCGAAAAUCUCACAAAAUCCAACUCUCUAUCGGGUUUCUGGUGAAAUUCAACAAUGUAUUGAUGAACGUUUGAAGGAAUUCACCGAGGAGAAUCGUCUUGAAACUAUUCACACACAAAUCGCUCACCUUCCAAUUGGUGUGGCUUCAAUUUUAGCCCAGAGGCCUUCAUUGAUUGCACCCGCAUGCAGGGCUUUCUGUGAACGUGAUCCAAUCGAUAUGAAAGCUUGUCGGGCCAUGAGAUUCUUUCCACCGGAAGACAGAGUUAGGACGGCUGUCAAGUUCACACGAUGCCUCUAUGCAAUGUUGAUGCACAGUUCGUAUGUGCCAGAUCGAAGGACAGGUUGGAAUCUAGCAGCUGCUACUAGCCCAGAGGAGUAUAAGGAGGACCUGUUAGGUGUGAAAAUUGCAUGUGGUUUUGAGAUUUUAGCCUCGCAGGCUAAAGAAAAUGGUAGUCUUGAAAAUGAUUCAGCUUGGCGGGCAUAUCUGAAAAGUCUCAUCGCCAAAGGCUAUUUCAAGGAUAAUCUUGAAGGAUCAGCAAAGUAUAAUCAGCUUUUGGAGGAUGCCAAAUUGUAUUUCACAUCAAAUCGCUUGAGAUUCCGCAUCAGACCAGUGGUGGGUAAGGAAAUCGUCCAAAUGCUUCACUCUUUGGAUCCUGUUAGUGCAGAGAAACUUAGAGAAGAUGAGAAUAGUCUUCCACGGAGUGAUAGUGACACAUGGUUAGACAUAUCUUCUGAGGAGCUUGAUACAAUGCUUACAAAGAAGUAUGGUACAAAGAAGCUAUUUACACCUGCCGGUGAUAUGAAUGCCAAGGAAUUUACCUCCAACAUUACGGAUUUCUUGGAUAGAAAAUCAGAAUUUGAUGGAAUUGAUGAUGAUGCUCCAACUGUUGUGUCUCCGAGGAAAUCGAACAUCCGGAAGAAUGCUUCAAUGAGAAAGGCUGUCAAGGAGCAUCCAAUUACUGCCCCAUCCCCAGACCAAUCGGUUAGUUUCGAUCCAGAUGCUUUUUCAACACAUGUUAAGAAUUUCCUCGAUUUUGUGAUUCCUGAGGAUAAUUGGGAAUCAAAUUCAGAAAUGAGUGACUAUGAAGAUGAGGAGGAUUUGGAAAGGAAUAUCGAAGAAAUGACAAAUUCUGAAAUGCAUAUUGAAUCUGAUAUCAAGGCGUACAUGAAUCAGAUGGAUAAGGAGUUGUCCAAGACGACAAUUGGCAAGUCCUUUGAGAAGAGCAAUGAAAAACGUCCAAAAUCGACUGGAGAGGAUGACUUUGAUGAUAUUGAGUCAUUCAAACCAAUCGACAUCAAUGUGAAUACUUUGAAGAACAUGAUGGACAGUUACAAGUCGCAAGUGGGUGGAUCUGGACCAGCAUCGAAUCUAUUGAAUGCUAUGGGUGUUGGAAUGGGGAAUUCGGUUAAAUCGUCAUCCAAGGAUGCAGAACUGACUGAGUCUACUGUGUAAUCACAGAAAUACAGCUCAUAUCUCUAAAAUAAAUUAAGUACUUACAUUUUGAAAAAGGUUUCCCCUCAGGCAUUUUUAGGACGAAUUUCCUAGCUCGGCACAUACAUUACACGAAAAUAAUCGAAACACAAAACAAAAAAAUAGCUUUAAAAACAUUUUCUUUUCAUCUUUUUACUUUUAUUCUUUGUCCAUUCUUGUUGCUUUGGAUUGACCAAAACAUUUUAAUUAAUAAAAAAAGUAUUCUUUUUUCUUCUCUCAUUUUUGAGCAAAUAAAAAACAAUCAAUAUAAAAAAUAAA